UGAACUAGUAAGACAACCUUUUCCGGCAAUGCCACCUCCUAGUGGUAGAGCUGUUUCACAUGUGUGGUCGUAUUUCACAAAAGAACCAACCGAGAAUCCAGAUAUUUUCUUAUGCACUUGUCAAAUUUGUGAAAGUCAAGGAGUAAAGCCCUUAGUUUCAUACAGUUUCGCCAGAGGUGGUGGUACGGGAUCUUUUAACAAACAUUUGGCAAAGAAGCAUGGAAUCACAAAAGAAACUCAUGCAGCAAGCGGCAGCGGGACCACAAGUGGAAGCCGACAGACACAAUGGGACAUUCCCAGCACAGGUAUGCCUUUUAGAUAUAAUCGUAAUGACAUGAUUGAUGAAUUUUCUAGGUAUGUAAUUUGUGAUGAAUUGCCUUUUAACCACGGUGAAAGUAGGGCAUACGAGCGUCUCACUAGAAAAACUUUGCAACCAUAAUAUAGAGCAAUCCCUAGGAGCACUCUUAAAAGACGCACAAUUAAAUUAUACGAAUCAAUGCGCUAUGAAUUAGUUGAAAUGUUUAAAUCGUAUAAUGGUAGGGUUAGCAUAACAACUGACAUUUGGUCUGCUCCCCCACAUUUAGAACCUUAUAUGUGUGUAACAGCACACUGGAUAGAUCGAAAUUGGAUUAUUCAAAAAAGAAUAAUUGCUUUUGAGACAAUGCCAGAAAGACAUACCGGUGAAAACAUAAAAUAUAGAUUAGUAGAGAUAUGUAGAGAAUGGAACUUAUUAGAUAAAAUAUUUUGUUGUUCAACUGAUAAUGCAACCGCGAGCAUUAAAUGUAUAGAACUUUUGUUUAACGAACCUGCUUUUAGUUUAAUCCUUAGGGGUAGCUUAUUACACAUACGUUGUUGUGCGCAUAUAGUUAACUUAUCUUGCCAAGCAGGCAUAAAACAAUUAAGUGAUUUAUUAGAACCAAUUAGGGAUAUAGUGAAGUGGCUUAGGAUCGGAAAGAUAAAAAGACGAUAUAAACAAUUAUGUGACUAAUACCAACUUAAAAAAGUGUAUUGGUCAUUAGAUACUCCUACACGUUGGGGCUCAACCAACGAUUUAUUAAGAAAGGCGAUUGCUUAUCGUCCAGUAAUAACACAACUAUAUAGUGAGUGUACAGAUAGUUUCAUAGCUGAUGACACUUGGGAAUUAGCUAUAGGUGUACAUAACAUAUUAGAAGCGUAUGACCACGCGACUAAGAUUUUUUCUUAUGUUUAUGAACCGAACGUUCACUUAGUAAUAAGUGAAUGUAUUACUAUUUUUUAUCAUCUCCUUAAAUAUACACAUGAAGAUACUAACCCAAAAUUGAGGCCGAUUCUUGCAGAUAUGAUGGAAAAAUGGAAGACAUAUUUUACCGAUUUUUCUUAUAUUUAUGGAAUCGCAACCAUUUUGGACCCACGUUUUAAAACUGAGGUCCUUACUAAAGUAAUAGGAUUUUAUUACCAAUCGUUAGAUCGCCCGUCUACUGAUGUACAUAAUUAUGUAGGAACAUGUAAAAAAUAUUUAGCAGAACUCUAUGAUUUUUACGCUAGUGUAUA